CAGUUCUGAGACACGACCAUCUCCCUCACUCGGAACCACUUUUGAGAGGAGAACAUGCCUUCUGACAUCAUGAAUGGAAAAAGUCACCCUGAUCAGGCUUCGCUACACAUCUAUAAUGCAGCCCGGAUCAUUGACAGAGAUCCAUCAGGAACCCAUCAGUCAGCUACACAUGUGGGAGAUCUGGUGGUCGUCCGUGCAACGAGGAGAAGGAGGAGGAGGCAGCACUGCGCAGGCAGCAGCAGCAGCAGCAGCAGCAGCUCUGGGAAUGGAACCACCAACCAGGAGCUAAUUGGCGACAACUUCUUCAACGUGACACACUCUUCCUCUAUCUUCCUGUGGUCAACUUCCAUCAUCCUGGGAACUUCUCCCUGCACGGUGCCAAUUAUCACUCCCCGGCAUUGAAAGCCGCCCCGGCCGCCGCUGACCCUGUUAGCCAUCCUUAAUGUCAAUUCCCCGGCGCCCGAGUGGAAGGAAUUACGUCUCUUUUCGUCUCCAAUCGGGGGAAAAAAACGCAGGGGCGCGCAGCAGAAUGCCGAGCUUGACUGCACCGUGGUGAAACGAGCUUGUGGACUGUGUGGUUGAAGAAAAAAAACAAAACAAAAAAAAAAACCCGGAGGGGUUUUGACAUUUUAUCUUUUUUUUUUUCUUUUUUUUUUUUUUUCUCCUCUUCUGGCCGGGGAGAGUUUUGGAGCAGAGCGAGGACAAGGGGGGUGCACAGAUGAUGGCGUGGUGCCGCUCAGGCGUACGCCGAGCCCUGGCUCUCCUGGCGCUCUUGGGCCUCCUGCUUCCCAUCCGACAGGGAGGCUGCUCGGGGCCCGGCGGCGGCUCCGGGGACGCCGACUCCCCCCUGCACCCUGGUGCACCCUCCUGGGGGGACCUCCAUAGGCACAAGCGCAGCUGGGUAUGGAACCAGUUCUUCGUGCUGGAGGAGUUCACGGGGAAUGAGCCUCUCUACGUCGGAAAGCUUCACUCCGACGUGGACAAAGGCGACGGCAAGGUGAAGUACGUCCUGACGGGCGAGGGCUCAGCCUCCAUCUUCACUAUCGACGAGAACACGGGCGACAUCCACGCCACCAAGAGGCUGGACCGGGAAGCGCAGGCCUACUACACGCUUCAGGCUCAAGCCGUGGACCGACUCACCAACCUGCCCGUGGAGCCCAGGUCGGAGUUCGUGGUCAAGGUGCAGGACAUCAACGAUAACGAGCCCAGGUUCCUCGACGGGCCCUACUUUGCUGGAGUGCCCGAGAUGUCUCCUCUCGGAACCAUGGUGGUGCAAGUGGCGGCCACGGACGCCGACGACCCCACGUACGGGAACAGCGCCAGGGUGGUGUACAGCAUCGUGCACGGGCAGCCAUACUUCUCUGUGGAGCCCAAGACAGGUGUCAUCAGAACCGCUUUGCCCAACAUGGACCGGGAGACCAGGGACCAGUACGUGCUCGUCAUCCAGGCCAAAGACAUGGUCGGCCAGAUGGGCGGACUCUCGGGGACCACGUCCAUCACCAUCACGCUCACCGACGUCAACGACAACCCGCCUCGCUUCCCUCACAAGGUAAACCAGUACACCGUCCAGGAGUCGCUCCCCGUGCGGUCUGUGGUGGCGCGCAUCAAAGCGGUCGACGCCGACGUGGGCCCCAAUGCCGAGAUGGACUACAGGAUCAUGGACGGCGACGGACCGGGCCUGUUCAACAUAACCACGGACGAGAACACGCAGGAAGGAGUCGUCCUCCUGCUAAAGCCUCUCGACUUCGAAACUAAGAGCAGUUUCUCUCUGCGGGUGGAGGCCACCAACCGGAACAUCGACUCCAACUUCCUGAGCUUGGGCCCGUUCAGCGACACCACGGCGCUCAAAGUGACCGUGGAGGACGUGGACGAGCCCCCGGUCUUUUCGACGCCACUCUCCAAGAUGUCGGUCUCCGAGGACGCACGGGUGGGCACGUCCAUUGGGCGGGUGUCGGCGCACGACCCGGACACUUCCAACAACGGCAUCAGGUACUCCAUCGACCGCAACACGGACAUGGAACGCUUCUUCAACGUGGACGCCCUCAGCGGCAUCAUCAGCACGGCCAAGCUUCUGGACCGGGAGGCCAACUUGGUGCACAACCUCACCAUCCUGGCCAUCGAGAGCCAGGAUCCAAACCAAAUCGGGAAAGGCUUGGCUAUCGUGACCGUGUUGGACGUGAAUGACAACGCCCCCGUCUUCGCCAUCGACUACGAGACCCUGCUCUGCGAAAACUCAGCGCCUGGAACGGUGAUCCAGACGGUCAGCGCUGUGGACGACGACGAACCUCAGAGCGGCCAUCGCUUCUACUUCGCCCUGGACGCCGACGUCGCCGGGAAACAGAACUUCACGCUUCGAGAUAACAAAGACAACACAGCGUCCAUAUUGACCAAGAGGGGGGGCUUCAGGAGGCGGGAGCAGCCGGUGUACCGUCUCCCUGUGCUGAUCGUGGACAGCGGGAGUCCGGCGCUGAGCAGCACCAACACGCUGACGGUCCGCGUGUGCGAGUGCGACUCUGACGGCGUGGCCUUGUCUUGUGGCGCCGUGGCCUACACGGCGACCGGCCUGAGCACCGGCGCCCUUUUGGCUAUUCUAGGCUGCAUCAUCACGCUGCUGGUGAUGGUCCUGUUGAUCGUGACCAUGCGUCGUAGGCGGAAGGUGCCGCUCAUCCUGGAGGAGGAGCGAGACAUCCGCGAGAACAUCGUCCGCUACGACGACGAGGGCGGCGGCGAGGAGGACACGGAGGCCUUCGACAUGGUCGCCCUGCGCAACCUCAACGUCAUCAGGGACCCCAGCGUGCGGCGAGACGUCACCCCGGACACGCCCACCUUCUUCCAGUACACGGCGCCGUCCCGCCCGGCCUACAAGUCCCUGCCGGACAACGUGGUCUUCCGGGAGUUCAUCUGGGAGCGCCUGAAGGACGCCGACGUGGACGCGUCGGCGCCGCCGUACGACUCGCUGCAGACGUACGCCUUCGAGGGCAGCGGCUCGGUGGCCGACUCGCUGAGCUCGCUGGAGUCGCUCAGCACGGACUCGGACCAGAACUACGACUACCUCAGCAACUGGGGGCCGCGCUUCAAGAAGCUGGCCGACCUCUACGGCAACGCCGACGGCGGCGCGGGCGGCGUCUUCUCGUAGCGUCCACACGACAGAUGAGUCAUUUACUGCGAUUUAGUCUGCCUUAUCAUCGGGACUCAAAGACAAGACGCUUGUUUACGUCCUCGGUUGGAUUUGACUCCAAAGACAUUCAAAGGUUUCGCUCUCGGGCUUGGCGCCAGACGCCGACUGCUGAUUCCAAACGAGCGCGUUUCCUUCCGCGGGCUCGGCGGUACCUGUCCUUUCAUCGGGGGACUUGUCUCUGCUCGUCCCUGCUGGCAAAUCAGUGUCAUUUCUAUGCUUUUUCUGGGAAGGGGGGUGCAGGGGGGGCGUCUCAGUGAGCUAAAAGGAAGCGACAUCAUCAAAAAGAACUCCAUGUCUCCGCCGGGUGAGACGGGGACGCCGCUUCUACGCUCCUCGCCAUGCAGAUGUUCAAAUGUCGUGUUUGUCGUUUUUUUUUUUUUUUUUAUUCAGCCUCCUGCCGCCUCGCUUUUGGAGCUAAAAACAAUCCCGCUGCCCUGCGAGGCGGCUCGGCUUAACGGAGGGGGGGGGGGGGGGACGCGUCGGGGGGCGUGUGAGGGGUGUGGGGUUAUAUUGUGACAUUGACGCCAUUAGACGCUAGAAGACAAAGAAAAAGUGACGGGUUUGCUUCUGUAGUCCAGCUUGUAAGGUCGUCAUCGUUAUUAACGAGCGUUUCCGAUCCUCACACUUUCUUACUCAUUAUUAUUUAUUCCUUUUUUUUUUUAUUAUUUUAAAUCAUGUAAUAAAAUUGGCUUUCAGCUCCGUUAAGAUUU